AUGCCUCUAAGAGUUUUUCGCGACAUCAGCCACAGGUGGGCGCUGGUCUCACGCCUUGAUCACGCUCCCGAAAGCCUGAUUCGGGUGGGCAAUAUCUUGGUGAAUCCUAGCGAGCCUCAUCGGCCGCUCACCAGAGUCCCGGCAUCCGAGGGACAGGAAGGCUUUCCACCGAUCAUCACGGAGACAUCGGUGGGGCAUCUCACUGGCCAUUCUGCGUGGAAGUUUAACGAUACUUUUGAACCCGGAGUGGAGAUCCCCCCGGAGGCUCGUUCUCAUGAUGGAUUAUUGCUCUGGGACACGAAGCUGUCCAUUGGGGAUCACCAUUACAAUCUCUUCUACCCUAAAGAACCUAGGGAGGAGGUAGUUCAGGCCAGUCUGAUGAGGGACCCCACUAUUCAAGCACUGUUGGAGCAACGUAGCGGUGGCGACUGUAAGCUGUAUCUAGUGAACUGUCUUCUGAUCGUUGAAAAUAUCUCUAUCGAAGGGAGACGAUAUCACUUUCCAGAAGGGCGUCCAGAGGAUGGUGUCAACGUCAUUAUUAAGGACCAAGGCCCGAAAAUUCUCGCCUACCGAAUGCUUGAGGUUGUGAUAGACCCUGCACGAAGGAUUAAGCUCAACGAUUACAGCCCUGCUAGAGAAGAUCCACAUUUCUUUCCGGAUUCUUGGAGCGAUGUCGCCCACCGACUACUUCACCAGGAGAUCGGGGCCGAGUAUAUGAGCGAGCAGGAAGGUGAAGUUACAGUCGGGCGCAUUUCCCUUCCUGAGGGACAAAUCUGA